AUGCGUGUCUUUUCUUUUGGACGAACUCUCUCGACAAUUUCUGGAAAGAGACAGCCUUUCAAAGUUGUUGAAGUUGGUGCUCGUGAUGGUUUACAGAACGAGAGUAAAAUAAUUCCUACUGAAGAUAAAAUCGCUCUUAUCAACAGACUAAGUGCUUGUGGAUUGAAGAGUGUAGAAGCGACCAGUUUCGUAUCUCCCAAAUGGGUUCCACAAAUGGGCGACCAUCAAGAAGUAAUCAAGAAAAUUAUCAAGUUCCCAAAUGUCUCUUAUCCAGUUCUCGUUCCUAACCUUGCAGGCUUGGAGAAUGUUCUAAAAAAUGGGCAUGUCAAGGAAAUUGCCGUGUUUGGCGCAGCAUCAAAUACUUUUUCUAAAAAGAACGUCAACGCAAAUGUAGAAGACAGUCUUAAAAAGCUUCAGGAGGUUACCACAGCGGCACUAAAAGAAGGUCUCAGAGUUAGAGGUUAUGUGUCCUGUGUUAUUGGAUGCCCUUAUGAAGGUAAAAUUAGCAGCGAUGUGGUGGCACGAGUUACUGAGGCUCUGUUGGAGGCAGGUUGCUACGAAGUGUCUCUGGGCGAUACGAUUGGUGUUGGUGGUGCUGGAUCUGUUUCAUCCAUGUUAGACACUGUAAUACGAUCCGUCCCUCCCAACAAACUAGCAGUACAUUUUCAUGAUACCUAUGGUCAAGCGCUCGCGAAUGUGAUUAUUGCCAUAGAGAAAGGUAUUCGCGUUGCGGAUUCUUCAGUGGGUGGACUUGGAGGAUGCCCAUACGCUAAGGGAGCCACCGGGAAUCUCGCCACCGAAGACUUGGUUUAUAUGCUCCACGAUUUAGGCUAUGAAACGGGGAUCGACUUGGAUAAAUUGGUUGAGACGUCCAUGUGGAUAUGUUCCAAAAUGGGACGCCAAAAUACCUCUAGGGCAGCGAAUGCAAUCAAUGCGAAGCGACUCUAA